CAUGAGUGUAGAGGAGGAGGGUAUACCUGGCCUGGGCCAUCACAGGCAGGCCCAUUGGACCCUGAUGUUACUCCUGUCCACUGCCGUGUAUGGCGCACAUGCUCCAUUGCUGGCACUGUGUCAUGUGGAUGGCCGAGUACCCUUCAGAACCUCCUCGGCUGUGCUGCUCACUGAGCUGACCAAGCUACUGUUAUGCGCCUUCUCCCUCCUGGUGGGAUGGCAAGCAUGGCCCAUGGGAGGCCCACCCUGGCGCCAAGCUGCUCCUUUUGCACUGUCAGCCCUCCUCUAUGGCACCAGCAACAACCUAGUGAUCUAUCUACAGCAUUACAUGGACCCCAGCACCUACCAAGUACUGAGCAAUCUCACGAUUGGAAGCACAGCCCUGUUGUACUGCCUCUGCCUCCGGCGCCGCCUCUCUGCAUGUCAAGGGUUGGCAAUGCUACUGCUGAUGGUCGCAGGGGCCUUUUAUGCAGCAGGUGGCCUUCAGGACUCUGGGAACACCGUUCCAGGGCCCCCACCAGCAGCUGCUGCCAGCAUCAUGCCCCUGCGUAUCACUCCACUGGGACUGCUGCUCCUCACCCUGUACUGCUUCAUCUCAGGCUUGUCCUCUGUGUACGCAGAGCAGCUCAUGAAGCGACAGCGACUGCCCCUAGCACUGCAGAACCUCUUCCUCUACACUUCCGGUGUGCUGCUGAACCCUUGUCUGCAUGCAGGCAGUGGUCCUGGCCCAGGCCUCCUGGAAGGUUUCUCAGGAUGGGCGGCACUUGUAGUGCUGAGCCAGGCACUCAAUGGGCUGCUUAUGUCAGCUGUCAUGAAGCAUGGCAGCAGCAUCACACGCCUCUUUGUUGUAUCUUGUUCGUUGGUGGUCAGUGCUGUACUUUCAGCAGCCCUUUUGGGACUGCAGCUCACAGCCACCUUCUUCCUGGCCACAUUGCCCAUUGGCCUGGCUGUGCACCUGUACCAUGGCAGCCACUAGCUCCUGACCAUCUCCAGUCACUUUCUUACCCAGUGGAUUGGAUGCCACUACUAAAGUCACCUCCCAGGCCUCCCCC